AUGGCGGGGACCGCGUUCACAAUCACGGGACGGUAGGAUACGUCUGGCAACUGCAAGUUUAGCUUCAAGUUAAGUUCAGGGUCCGCGUCACCUCCGGCGUUGAAGAUCAUCCGGCGCCGCGGUUAGCAAAAUAUAGCUCGUGUAGUGCUAUGUGGGGUCUCCUCGCUAGCUAGUGAAGUGUUUAGCUAACUUUAGCAACUUUAUUAGCUCCUCACCAACGCCGCAGGCUUCACCGCGCCAGCAAACAACGACGGCCAGCCGCCUCGCCUCGACAGCCCGUGAUGUGACCGCAGCUCACCGGCUUUCUCCCCCUCUCUCUCCCACGCCACUAACAGACGUUUGUGAAGACGGGCUGCGUGACGUCAGUGGAGGCUGGAGCGGUUCCCCGGUUGAAGCGGAGGAAAAAAAAAAUGGGGAGAAGAUUGCGAGGACCUCAGACCGAGGAACCAUGACAAAUGAAGUGAAAAGCCCAGUUGAACGUUCCCACUAUGUGUGGUCAUGUGACUCCGCCGGGCCUCCUCCACGAGCACAUGGGAAACACUUCCCCCCUCUGACUUGCCGUCGCCGCCUUGUCGCCCAGUUGUUCGCCAUGAGAGGAUCUGUCAGGCGCUCCACCUCUGUGCCCCCGUAACUGGCGCCGCUGUCGUGCAGCGUGAGCAGCGCCGCCCCCCCCCCCCCCCCCCCCUCUUCCGGGCAGUCGCUGCACGGAAUGGCCUCUCUGGACCUGCCGUACCGCUGUCCUCGCUGCGGGGAGCACAAGCGCUUCCGGAGCCUGUCGUCCUUGCGCGCCCACCUGGAGUACAACCACACGUACGAGACCCUCUACGUCCUCUCCAAGUCCAACAGCGUGUGCGACGCCGCCGCUCUGCUGCCGCUGGUGGCCGAGGGGGCCCUCCUCGCGCCCGCCAACAACAACGACCCGUUUGAGCCGCUGCGACCUUCGGCCCUGAAGGAGCGGCGCUUCCCCUGCCGCGGCGAGCUUCCCUGCGCGGAUGACUUGAGUCUGACCCCGGCCGCCAACUCCAACACCGCAGCUCGCUACAUCCCCAACGUGGAGUUCCCCCUGGGGGAGAUUUUCAUGAAGAAAGCCAUGACAUCCGCAGACCCCGGUUCCCAUGGCAACCCCAGCACAGCUGUAGCAGUGGCAGCCAAUGUGGCGGCCAGCGCUGUGGAGGCGGCCUACGAGGAGGGCCUGGCCAGGCUCAAGGCUCGGGCCUUCGAGCGACUGGAGCUGGACGAGCGGCUUGAGAAGCUGUCUGAAGAGGUGGAGCAGAAAAUAGCGGCCCGCGUAGGUCGUCUUCAGUCCGAGCUGGAGCGGAAGAGCUCGGAGCUGGAGCGGGCCAAGCUGGAGAGCGAGCGGCUCAGCCAGGAGAAACAAGACCUGGAGGACAAGGCCUCCGAGCUCUCUCGACAGGUGGACGUCUCUGUGGAAAUGCUGGCCAACCUCAAACAGGACCUGGUGAACAAGGAGCAGGAGCUCAACCACAAACAACAGGAAGUCGCCCAGAUCGACCAGUUCCUCCAGGAGACGGCGGCGCGUGAAGCCAACGCCAAGGUGCGGCUGCAGCAGUUCAUCGAGGAGCUGCUGGACCGAGCCGACCGCGCCGAGAAACAGCUGCAGAUCAUCAGCAGCUGCGGCACCACGCCGAACGGCAGCCUGGGACGCUGCAGCCUGCAGGCCUCGAAGGGCAAUGGACGCCAGAGAAACUCCAGCAACUCUGGGAGCACAAGAGGCAUGUACCACGUGUCCGACCGGCGUUCGUCCCCCAGCACGGGAGCAUCGGGCCGGAUCAAGUCCGUCUCACAGGGCUCCGGCGGCUACGACAGUGACAGCGUUGAGAUGCACCCCAUGGAGGACUGUUUAGAGUCUCAGUACUACCACAUGCAGUGCCGGCUGGGCGAGGCGGGUUACGAGCGCUCCCCGGGGUGCGGCGGCGGAGGAUCGAGGAGCUGGGGUCUUCGCAAACAGGCCAUCCAGAACUGGCAGCGGCGACCUUACAGGAACAGCACGGAAGGCGAGGAAGGAGACGUGUCCGACGUGGGCUCCCGGACCACCGAGUCGGAGGUGGAGAUGUGGGAGCAGGAGAGGAGAGCUGUGGCUGAAGUCCAGCAAUCUGCACCUCCCUACGCUCACCACGGCAGGACGGGGUACCGGCCUAACACAGGUCGCUCUGAGGGGGUCUACAAGCCGUGCCGCCAUGAAAAGAGCCCCUCCAGAUCCAACGAGGUGAUCAGUCCAGAGAUCCUCAAGAUGCGCGCGGCUCUCUUCUGUAUCUUCACCUACCUGGAUACUAAAACCCUGCUGCGGGCUGCCGAGGUCUGCCGCGACUGGAAGUUUGUGGCUCGUCACCCAGCCGUGUGGACCAGAGUGCUGCUGGAGAACGCUCGCAUCUCCUCCAAGUUCCUGAGCACAUUGUCUCAGUGGUGCACUCAGACGCACUCCCUCAUCCUGCAAAACCUCAAACCAAGACAGCGAGGCAAGAAGGAAACCAAGGACGAGUAUGUUAAAAGCACACGUGGCUGUCUGGAGGAAGGCCUGGAGGCGUUGUUAAAGGCCACAGGAAGCAACCUUCUGAUACUGAAGAUUUCCCACUGCCCCAACCUGCUGACUGAUCGCUCCCUUUGGUUGGCCAGCUGCUACUGUCGAGCUCUGCAGGCUGUAACCUACAGAAGUGCCACAGACCCAGUUGGCCAGGAGGUAAUCUGGGCCCUCGGAGCAGGUUGUAGAGACAUCAUCUCCCUGCAAGUGGCGCCACUACAUCCAUGUCAACAACCCGCGCGUUUCAGCAACCGAUGCCUGCAGACGAUUGGAAGAUGCUGGCCACACCUCCGUGCCCUCGGCGUCGGCGGAGCUGGAUGUGGCAUUCAGGGGCUGGCCUCGCUUGCGAGGAACUGCAUGCGCCUCCAGGUGCUUGAAUUGGAUCACGUGAGUGAAAUCAACCAGGAGGUGGCAGCAGAGGUGUGCAGAGAGGGCUUGAAGGGUUUGGAGAUGCUGGUGCUAACUUCCACACCAGUCACCCCCAAAGCGCUGCUCCACUUCAACAGUGUUUGCCGCAACCUGAAGUCUGUCGUGGUUCAGAUUGGUAUAGAAGACUACUUUGAGGACCCCAACAGCCCCGAAGCUAGAAAACUGUUUGAUGAGAUGGUCAUCAAGCUUCAGGCUUUGAGAAAGAGACCCGGCUUCUCCAAAAUCCUCCACGUUAAAGCAGACAGUCUCUGCUAGCAUCAUUUGAGCAGAUUCUUCAAGUCUUGGAGAGGCGCCGUCUUGGCUCGAUUCAUCAAAAUGACCCAGCUGUUUUGAGCGCGCUCCACAGGGGGGUUGAAAAAGUCUGCAACACAGACAGAAACAACAGAAGAGCACCACGAUGAACCAGGACCGAGGCUCAAUGCUCCCAUAACUGAUAAACGACCCCUCUAAGAUCCUGUUGGACUUUCACUGAGCUCACAGACUCAAAUAACACGACAAAAACUGUCAGAUUCCUCUUUAAAAAAAAAAAAAAAGGAUUGUGUUGUCACACAGAGCCAGAUCCCUUCCUUGAGACGCCUGGAGCCGGGUGACGGCGCCGUGUUUAUUCUUGACAUGUUCUUCAAAACUACCCUCGACUUCAACGGCAGGCGGGCAGGAGCACAUCAAACACCGUACUUACUUGUGGCAGGAGUAAGACAUUUUGAGUACUCAAGGUUAGGAGUCUUUACACGAGACAUAUAUAUAUAUAUAUAUAUAUAUAUAUUCCAUCCUUUUCAAACUGGACGACUUUCCACGUUGUGCACCAGCUUUCGGCAGAGUGGAGGGAGCAGAGACACUGUAACACACAUACCUUGACAGUCUACUUAGCCAGGUGCACAGCAGAGAUGCAUUUACCCACCGCUGCCAUCCCCUGCUUCCCUAUACAACCUGCAUUCAAGUGGUUUUGAUAGUUUUAGUAUCUCUGAAUGCAGUUUUUGAUGCUUUUCAUCAGCCAGACUGCAAAGGUGAUCCAUACGGGCCUCGGUUCUCUCAAAGGACUGGUGCCAUUUGUAACCGUGUCUAUCCUCAUUCGAGUCAGCGUUUUCUCCAUCGUGCCAUUAAUGAGGGAAGAGGGGCCAUGUGCGGAACGUUAAUCUCUUCAAAUCCAAUGUAACUUAACAUUAUUGUGAGUAAGCAGCUCUUGGUUAUGUUUCCUAAUGAACAUGGCCUCCAGGUGUAAACAGGUGUUGCAGUGUUUGUAUAUCAUGUGACGGUGCCAUCCCUAUUCACAAUGCUCAUUGUUGCUGAGGCCUCCUUAUUUAUAGUUUUUCAGCUGACCCCAUGUGGCUCCCUCUGCUGGUCUUUCCAAGCAUUUACACAGCCAACGGCCAGUUCAUGUGAUUUGACACUUUGGACACUUUGCAGCAGGGAACGCGAUCACCUUUUACUGUUUUGCCGAACUCAAAACCAACAGAUCACUUCCUCCGCAUCACCUUCAAAUUAGGAAUUUGAUUUGGUGUCGCAGUAACUCUCAAGAAGUACGAGUAGCAAUACUGUGGUGACAUUUAGUGUACGCUCCUAUCUGCUGCAGGGCGCUUAACACAUCAAGACCAGUUUAUUAUUCAUGUGGAAUAACACUGUCUUCUGGCUCUGGAGGAGCUUUGUCAAGUCAGAGAAAAUAAUCCUUGGAAUGUUAUCAGGCGCUUCUUGGUUUUUAAACUACAAAUUGAUAGCACAGCAAGCUGCAUUACAAGCUGGAAGGUAUGUAGUCUGAAGAAAUGGGAAAAGAUGGAUUGACGGUCCAUAGAAAAUACUAUAAAUGGGAAUUUCUUAAGCUUGACCCAUACUAGGGACCAACAGUCAGGAUUGUUCUGCCUUUGCUGCAUUGGUUUCCUUUUUUCUUUUCUUUUUUUUUUUUUCAUUCUCUCAUGAGACGCCGAACAUUAUAAAAAGUGCAAUACUAGAUCACUGGAGCUCCUAUGAGACACUUACAAUCAGUUUUCUUUCAAGAUAACAUGCACACUGUUUUGAAACUUCCAUCUCGUAGAACAUCACAACCUCGCUACAUAUUUACCCACCUCUUCAGAACGAACGUUUUCCCCGAGCCGGCGUUUCUGACAGGUCACAGACGAGCAGAGGUGCGCCCUGAACUGUUUUGGGUUCUCCGCUUCAUUGUCCCAACGUGUUGAUGGAGACUUGUGUAGCUGCAUAUCGUACUGAUGAUGUUCCGGGUGAAUGUGUGAGGACAGUUGUUGGAUGUUCAUUUCUUCUUGUUCUUCCAGUACUGCAUAUUAUUGUCCCGUACUGGUACUGAGUCAUUGGAGGGAAGUUGUAAUACACAAUAGCGAAAAAAACAAAGCACUUGUUGAUUUGAAGUUUUAGACAAUCCUGCCUUCGCUAUCAGCUACUCUGUACAUACUGUUUGUAAAAAAAAAAAAAAAAAAAAGGACCAACAUUUGAUGUUAUAUAAUAUUUACGGUCUUCAUGCUGUAAGCAUUUUCUCUCCAAAGUUGAAUGAAAGAUAAACAUAGAGAAUUAUAUUAUGUAUUACAGUAGUGUUGAAUUUGCAGUUGUGUAUUAGAUACUUUAUAUUAAAUGUGCAUCAGAGUCAUAUAGAGAUGGAAAUUAUUUAAGAAGAGGAUAAAGUAUUAUUCAGCUAUUUAUUUCUAUAAAAAGAGCGAUGUGUAUAAUGUUGGCAUGUUUGUGUUUGAGCAUCAAUCAUUAAGUUGCCUUCUUAAGUGUUAACUGCUACUGUGACAAGAUAAUUAUUAGAUGUUUGAACAGCUUUGAUUGCCUGCAGGUUAAUAAUGCUUCUUUUUUUGUUGAUCCAGUCUGUUGUUGCACUAGUGAGAAAAAAAAAAGAAAUUUCAGAUGUUUAUUAUAAAAGUUUUUAAAUGUUCAGCUAUUUCUCAAUAUUUGAAAAAAAUUGAUGCACUUUUUUUCCUGAACACUUUAAUCGACCCGUCGGCCUUUGGUGGAGCCCGAAGCGGGUUCCCCUCGGCGGGAAUGAAACGGACAUGCUCUGGUUCAAUGGGGGGUAGAUUUAGGAAAUGCAGCGAUUUUCAGAUGAACAUUUAGCCUCUUUUCUCUUAAUCCAUCAAGGUGGUCAAGAGCGAACCUCAUUCAACAACAUUCACGUGCUUUUUGGGUUUGUUGCCAGUACGACCUUACGCUCACUGCCCUUGUGUUUGUUGCUGUCACCGCUUUGGUUUUGCAUUUUAAUGCAGAUUUCAUGCUCAUACCAUCAGUAGAGCUUAGCUUUUUUUUGUUGUGAAAAUGGACCUGCUGAUGAUGUAACAGAGCCUGUGUGGUCUGAAACUGCAGAUUAGAGGUGCCCGGUACGCCACAAUCACAUUCUGGCCUAUACCUCUCCAGAAAUAAAGCAGAAUCAUUUGUAAAUGAUUUAUUUACAAACUGAAACAUCUCUAAUAAACCAACGUGCUUCCGCAUCCUCAUCUUUAUUUAAAUUAAUUUCAAUUCCUCCUGUUUUGUGCUUCUAUGUAUUAUGCAUCCCAAUGUGCAAUUGAAAAACAGUGUCUGAGUGUUCAUGUACCUUUCUGUACAUAUUUUAUGAAUGAAUGAUUGUAUUCUGCCCAUCCAUCUGAAUAGUAAUUUACACAUUACCUCAACACUUAUCUGGGCAAUUAAGUGUGCAGUUUGUCUUUGUAAUUAUUUUAUCCUUCUAACUGCCAUCGACCCAUGAACUUCAUCCAUGUCGCUACAGUGACAAAAUGGAAUCUAUCGCUGAAAAGAACUUUCCUAAAAGAUGAUCAGCCUUCUGCGAUGACUGCAAUAGAGGGAAAUGUUUUACUACUCAUUUACACUCAUUUGUUGCCAUCAAUAAAAUUGCUUUAAAUUGUAA